AUGCACGUGCACUUCGGCCCGCCUGGCGUGGCUGCGGACGGCCAGGACGUUGCCGUAGAGGUUGAUCACGGAGUUGCGGGCGGCGACGGCGUCCACGUAGGCCACGUCACCGCGACGACCUGCACGGAGGCGACAUCACCUUCAGUUUUCCUGUUCAGUGUUUAUGGCCUAGGAGGAAAAUUGGACAAGGCUGCUGAAAUGUUUGCAGCAGCACAAGAGCUAGGCUUACUUAUGGACGAGAAGAUCAGUUUCAACUCCAUGAUCAAUGCCUACGCCACUUCCGGGCUGCACAAUGAAACGGAGAUUCCACCUCAUUUUGCCUUUCCGAAAGAAGCCCAAAUAGAUGAAGCAAAGAGGAUCUGCUACCAAAUGCAGGAGAUUGGUGUGGCUGUUGAUUUGGCCUGUUGCCGGGCAAUCAUGAGGGUGUACCUUGAGCAUGGCCACGCCGAUGAGGGCAUAUUGCUCUUCGAGACAACACACAGUUCACCUCAUGAGGAUGUUGAUGAUUCUUUUCGGUCUGAUAUAUUUGAUCCAAGAAACUGGGAUUCUCUUAAUUCUAAACAGAUUGAUAUCUUAGCACAGAAGGGUCCAAAAACAGACAAGUCAGUGAAAGGCCCCAAAGAUAGAUAUCAUAAAAGGUUUACUUCAGCAUUCUAUAAUAGAAUCCUAUCAAAUGGAGAGUAUAUGACCAAUAGACUAAAAGAUCACGAGACAAGUGUGGAUCAUGUUUCGAGUAUGACUAAUUGGUAUGAGUUGCGUAGUAGAUUGGAAAAACAUCAAACUAUUGAUAAAGCUACUCAACGACAACUUGAGAAAGAGAAGAACCAUUGGAGAAAGGUAUUAUUCAGAAUUGUUUGCAUUGUAAAAUUUCUUGCAAAGCAUAAUCUAGCAUUCCGUGGUACUAAAGGCAAGCUGUAUGAAGAUAGCAAUGGUAAUUUCUUGGGUUUGGUAGAGAUGUUGGCUGAAUUUGACCCCGUUAUUCAGGAGCAUGUUCGUCACAUUACAAAUGAAGAAACACAUGCUCAUUAUCUUGAUCAUAAGAGUCAGAAUGAAUUGCUACACUUGCUUGCUUCUUCUAUUAGGUCUGAAAUUAUCAAGAAAAUAAAGAGCUCAAAGUAUUUCUCUGUCAUACUUGAUUGUACCCCUGAUGCAAGUCACCAAGAGCAAAUGUCUUUAAUUAUAAGAUAUGUGGAUUCAUCUUCAAGUCAAGUUUGCAUAGAAGAGUCCUUUCUAGGAUUUCUAGAUGUAAAUGAUACAACUGGCCAAGGACUUUUCGAUGUGCUAGAGAAGGAGCUAAAACUUCUUGAUCUUGAUAUAAAUGAUGUGCAUGGACAAAGUUAUGAUAAUGGAUCAAAUAUGAAAGGAACACAUCAAGGGGUACAAAGGAAACUUUUGGAUGUAAAUCCUAGAGCUUUUUAUCCGGCUUGUGGUUGUCAUAGCCUUAACUUAACACUUUGUGAUAUAGCCAAGACCUGUGGUAGAGCAAAGGACUUUUUUGGAAUCAUCAAACGCAUCUAUACAAUUUUUUCCAAUUCUACUAAGAAAUGGCAUAUUUUGGAAGAAAACGUAUCAGGAUUGACUCUCAAGUCUGUGUCAGCUACGCGUUGGGAGAGUCGUGUUGAAAGUGUUAAAGCUAUCAGAUUUCAAUGUUCAGACAUUCGGGAGGCUCUACAUCAGGUAUCCGAAACUGAUAGUGAUCCAAAGGCAAGCAGUGAGGCUCUAGGUUUGGCAAAUAAUGAACUUGGAGAGUAUGAAUUUAUCGUGGCAAUAGUCAUUUGGUAUGAGGUAUUGUUUGCUGUUAAUUUAGUAAGCAAAAACUUGCAAACAAAGGAUAUGCUUAUUGAUGUUGGUAUUGAGAAAGUGAAAGGGCUUAUUUCUUUCUUCGAGGGGUACAGGGAAAAUGGUUUCUUAGAAGCAUUGAAGAUAGCCAAAGAAAAUGAACUUGAGAUGGAUAUUGGUGCAACAUUUCAUAAAAGGAGAGAAAUUAAAAGAAAGAAACAGUAUGAUGAGAACCCAGACGACACAAAUAUUGCCACACGGUCUGCAGAGGAAUCAUUUAGAAUCAACUAUUUUACACAUGUUGUCGAUCAAGCAAUUUCCUCACUCACAAGGAGAUUUGAGCAAUAUGAAGGUUACCAGAAAUUUUUUGGUUUCUUAUUUAGCUCUCAAACAUUGCGUUCAUUGGAUAAGGAUAGUUUGAAAUCUUCAUGUGUUAAUCUUGAGGCUGCCCUUAUGAAGGAUAAACAAUCUGAUAUUGAUGCCAAUGAUCUGUUUGUUGAGUUGAAGUUCCUUCAAAAUUUCAUGCCAAAAGAAAAUACCGGACCUGUUGAAAUUUUGAAUUUUUUAAAGCGGCACGACUGUUUUCCCAAUGCAAGUAUUGCAUAUAGAGUUCUGUUGACCAUUCCUGUGACAGUUGCAUCGGCAGAAAUAAGUUUUUCUAAGUUGAAGCUAUUGAAGUCCUAUAUGCGUACUACUAUGACACAACAAAGACUCAAUGAUUUGGCCACAAUAGCACUUGAGAGUGAAGUCUUGGAGAAGAUUGAUUACGAGGAUAUCAUUAAAGAUUUCAUUUCAAAGAAUACUAAAAGAAUGAAGUUUUUCAAAUAA